AUGGUAAUUUUACCGAAAGCUCAUUAUGAUUGGAUGCAUUUACGAUUACAAGAUUUCAAAACAGUAAGUGAAUAUAAUUCAGCCAUAUUUCGAAUCAGUUCUCAAUUGAAAUUAUGCGGAGAGAGGAUUGUUGAUUCUGAUAUGCUAGAGAAAACAUUUUCUACUUUUCAUGCCUCGAAUAUUCUCCUGCAGCAGCAAUAUCGAGAGAAAGGGUUGACAAAAUAUUCUGAUUUGAUUUCAUGUUUGCUUGUGGCUGAACAAAACAAUGAACUACUAAUGAAAAAUCAUGAAUCUCGUCCUACUAGCUCUGCUCCAUUCCCUGAAGUGAAUGCGAUGACAUAUGAAAACUCCAAACGAGGACGUAGUCGAACCCAUGGGCGUGGUCGUGGCCGUGGUCGUGGCCAUGGUCAUGGAAGAGGACGUGGUUGGAAUAAAUAUCAGAAAAAUCAUGAUGAUAAUAAAGAUGCAUCUUACCACCAGAAGUGGACAAAUUAUGAAGAAAAACAAUUUAAAAGCAAAAAAGGAUCUAGUAACAAAUCAUAA